UCUCCCAUCGGUGUAUGCGCUUUCACCAAGUCACCUGUUUUAGGGCUCAGUAGUCGGAGCUGGUUUUGUAAUUAUCCUACUUUUGUCUCACCUCUUUAAACACAGCUCCUACCUUAGAGGCACAUUGACGGAAUGCUCCUGGCUACCGGUCUGGUUACAUGUGAGAUCUUAAGCUUUCUCUGAGGUCCAGGUGUUUGGCUGUAGCUAGCUUUACCAUCUCUCUCGGUUUGUGAGUGCUACUUGAUGUACAGCUGAAUAGAAGGCACAUGAUCCUUGGCAGUCACAAGAGCCGCCACAGCUGGGACUCUUUCUCGUUCAACCUUCUCCCCGCUAUCUACAUAUUUCUGACAGAGAGGCUCUGCUCGGGAGAUUUAGGGUCGAGAGCAGUUAAAGGCGUUCUGUGUAGGUGUCUGGAUCGGAUCCAAGAGGGGGUCGUAAUGAGGGAUAGUCUUUGACAUUGUUCACUUACACCAGUUGAGCAUGGUGGGAUUUGAGACCUCGUCCUUUUCUCAUAAAACCGUGGUUAGUCUGAUUUUUUUUUUUUUUAGCUUGUGAGAGUGUUCAAAUGGAACGUGUUUAAAACAUUUUAAACUAUUCCUUACACAGUUGAGAACUGCAGAGACUUAAUUUGGCAAGCCUCUCUGCUUCUGCUUUCUGACACAUGUGAUGUUGACAUUUGUCACCAUAGAGGAUUUUACUGAAAUGAUGUAUCACUGUAGUCACUUUGAUGAUGCUUUAGCACACCGUUGUGCUUUGCGGUUCGAUGUGGAUUUCAGAACAAUUGCAUCUUCUUUUCCAGCCAUCCAGUCAUCUAUUUUGGGCUCGUGAACUCUUUUCAUUGCUACAGCUGUGGUACUUUUCUCUGCGUACAGUUAAUUGUGUAAUUGGUCCAUUUAGAACUGAACUCAAAGGCACACUGGUUUUUAGGUCACAAAUACAGGACAAACUCACACAAAAAUCCCGUCCACAUUAGCAAUUGUAAAACAAGGCAGGAAUGUGUGGCACGAUACAUCAAAACAAUGCGGUCUGUGGGGAAUUAAUUUACUGAGAAUGCAUCUGUUGGCCAUCGGUUGGUUCCACAAUAGCAGAAACCAUUAGCCAUUAGCUUGCUAAUUGCAUGCAGAGCUUUCCUUCCUUCAUUUCCCUGAUACUGAAAGCUGCUUGCUCAUAAACUUAGCUCAGGCAUGACCGACUACUCAUGUAUGAAUUCACUUUGAUCAGAAAUGCUUUUGGACGUAUUUAUAUCAAGUGCUGGAAACUUGUAUUUUUUUCCCCCUCUUGAAGUGCUGCAAUUUCAGGUGCACUAAGAGGAGGUUAUUGGAGGUUUGUAGGAAGAAUGUCGCUGAAAGAGUAAACUGUUUGUCAAGAUCAGCAUUUGUUUGUUCAGAAAUCUAAACAGUAUGAUUCACUGAUCCAAGUGCACUCGUGGUCUUUCAGAGGUGUUCACUCCUGCAAUGCAGUUACACUCUCACAAUUUGCAUGCUGCAAACCGCCUCCGCUUUACUUUGCAGUAUGCAUAGUAGCAUCACUAUACGUAUCUCUGUAAUGCAUAUCAUUACAAUUGCGGGCAUGAGUGCAGACAAAAAAGCUAUUGAUCAGACCUAGAUUGUGGUAAUACAAACACUUCAGUUCUAGGCACAAUAGUGCAAUAGUACCAGAUUUAGCAAUUAACUGUACAACUAUAUGAACAAGAACUUGCAAAAGAAUGCCUAAUUUUAAAGUCUUUCCUGUCAGUAAUUGAGAUUUGAAUGCUUAGUCUGACACACUGAUGGCAAUGUGUGUGAGACCAUCUAGUGAACCCGGGGCACCCACUGGCUGGGUCUCUAAGAAUAGCCACAGUGUUCCAGGGCAGGAAAGCCCCCGAUGCGUGACCCGGGCAGGGUGGACGGACUUUGCGUUGCCUUUGGGAGCUUGAUCGUGGGCCGCUACUAUUCCUGUCUCGGCCCGGCCCGGUCUGCAUGCUUUCAGAUGGAAAUCUAAACAGUGGGCAGAACAAGCACUUCUCUCACUGGAUCCCCCACCCUUGACCGUGCCUUGUUCAGCGCGGACCUGCUGCGUGAAUGGCCCUCCUUCAUGCGGGCCAGGUUUAACAGUCUCGCUGUCACACGCUCUGAGAAAGAUAGGGCAAGAGAUAAAGAACUGAAGGUGUUUUAUCGGCCACCCUGACACCCUGCUGCGACCCACAACUUUUUGCGGGUUUAAGGAUUUUUUUUUGUUGUUGUUGUUGUCCUUUGUACUGAGCUCCACAUCCUCAAAUGACUUUAUUUUCAGACUGGAAUUUGAUGGCAUAUGCAACUCCGAAUUGAAACAGAAAGAAAGCGAAAAGGGAAACGCAUGUGGGAUCUGGAGUGUGCGGAUGUUCCCUUAUUGACUCCAGGAAGUAAAGAAAUGAUGUCACAGGCUCUUUUGGCCACAUUCAGCGGCUUCACCAGGGAGCAACAGCGGCUCUCCAUCCCAAAAGACCCCCGCGAGUGGACAGAGGCCCACGUUAGAGAAUGGUUGACCUGGACAGUAAACGAGUUCAGUCUGAAGAAUGUGGACUUCCAUAAGUUCAGCAUGGACGGGGCCAAUCUCUGUGCGCUGGGCAAAGAGCGAUUCCUGGAUCUGGCACCUGACUUUGUGGGCGACAUCCUCUGGGAGCAUUUAGAGAUGCUGCAGAAAGAAGACCCGAAACAUUUCCCUGUCAACGGCCUGACCUCCAGUUUCCAGGAAUCUCGCUACCCCUCCGACUACUUCUUCAACUAUGGCAUUGAACAUCCUCAGUGCGUCCCUCCGUCAGAAUACUCAGAGCCGAGCUUCAUCACAGAGUCCUACCAGACCCUCCACCCGAUCAGCUCAGAAGACCUGCUGUCGCUCAAAUACGAGAGCGAGUAUCCCAACGUUAUACUCCGAGACACGCCUCUCAAUCCGCUGCAGGGGGACUACUUUUCAGUCAAACAGGAAGUUGUGUCACCCGACAACAUGUGUGUGGGUCGCAUUAGCAGAGGUAAGCUGGGAGGUCAAGAUUCGUUUGAGAGCAUUGACAGUUUCGAGAGCUGUGACAGACUGACGCAGUCCUGGAGUAGUCAGUCGUCAUUCAACAGCCUACAGAGAGUUCCCUCCUACGACAGUUUCGACUCGGAGGACUAUCCCACCGCACUGCACGGACACAAACCAAAGGGUACCUUCAAAGACUACGUACGGGAGCGCUCGGACCUCAGCAAGGACAAACCGGUCAUCCCGGCGGCUGCGCUCGCUGGCUACACAGGCAGCGGACCCAUCCAACUUUGGCAGUUUCUGUUGGAGCUCUUGACAGACAAAUCCUGCCAGUCCUUCAUCAGCUGGACUGGAGACGGCUGGGAGUUCAAGCUUUCUGACCCUGAUGAGGUGGCACGCAGAUGGGGCAAGAGGAAAAACAAGCCCAAGAUGAACUACGAGAAGUUGAGUCGCGGGCUGCGCUACUACUACGACAAAAACAUCAUCCACAAGACGUCCGGCAAGCGCUACGUCUACCGCUUUGUGUGUGACUUGAAAAGCCUGCUGGGAUACACUCCCGAAGAGCUGCACACCAUGUUAGACGUGAAGCCCGACACGGAUGAGUAAACCUCGGACGUUGGAAAUAAAAAUUAAAAAAAGGCUGAAAAAGUCCCUCACAGACCCUGGAAAUAAAACGGGGCGUCCAUUUUUGGGUCCAAUCACAUUCCAUCUUAACACUUAGUCGUGGUCCAGUCUUGUUUUGAGCUCACACGGGACAAAAAAAAGAGGAAGCGUCAAAACAUUUACCAAAGUUUAGAAUCCGUAGACUUUGCGCGUCUGUUUUGUUUAUAGCUCUGUGGGAAGGGAAAACUCUAAAUCCAGGUAGAACUGCCGUUUUGACCCAGUAGCACAAACACCGGGGAGGAACAGAGGACAAUGAGAUGGACAUUUCUUGGACUGAACGCUCCUGUUAUUAAACAUGUUGCCAAAAUUAGAGACAAGAGGAAUAUCGCAGAAAUAUUUACGAUUGAGUUGCUUACUGUUUCUGUCUCCUUGCAUACCCAACCACGAGGAAGAGUUCUCAGCCGGACCAAAAUAACAAAAAGUUUUUUUAUUUUUUUAUGGUUUCUUAAAGAUCUAUAUGUGUCAGUAUUAAUUUGUCGUAUUGCGAUGCUGUCCGGACAGAGAUUGCGCCGUUUUGUACGUUUUCAUAUGAAGGUUUAUUGAAGUCAAACUGUGCUUAGAUAGAUAGUCUCUCCGCUUCUUUUAAGGUCACGCUCGGUUAUGGCUUGCUCUUACCACAAUGUCCAUAGCUGAAAACGCUGUUUUUGAUCACCAGAUCAAAAUAGAUACCAGAGUCUCGCCCUUUUCAGUUGAAAGAGACGUACCUCAGUCAAACUGAGAGUGUGAGUGAGAGACGCAAAUGAAAGCGGCCGUUGGCUUCUCAACGGUGACACGCUUGUGGUGAAAACGAGGUGUCCUUUUAUCACUUGUAUUAAGACAAAAGACAUCAGACGUUUCUUGCCUCGGUUUGUUUGUACGUGAAUGGUUUUUCAUAAAGUUUUGCCUUAAUAUAGCACACCGUCUUUAUGAACUCGCUGUGUUUUCUCGAGGUGACAACUGAAAUGUCACUCAACCGGGCCUCAAAUGGUUUUCUGGCUGCGCUAGACUGAACCGAAAGCCAUAAAGCGAGGCCUUUUAACCUUGAGACAGACGUGGCCAAGUUAGCCAUGUUGAAAAAAGCGCACGCUUCAGCAUGCUUCUGGAUUGGCAAAGUACGUGAGAUGGAUAUCGCAGCAGAAACGAAGGAUCUGUUGGGUUGCGUUCGAUUUUUCAGAUGGUUUGUGAAAGUUUUACUGUUAGUGGCUGAUAUAAGGUUAAGACAGGAGGAAGACCAGAUCAUGCUGAUACUUGAAGAUGAUGGCGUGUGCUAUGACUGGCUAACAAACGUCACGGCAUCCAACAUGGGAGUAAGUUUCGUAACGGCUCAGAUAAAUGCAGUAUUUUAGUCAAGCCAGAGUUAUAUUACAGUGUCCCGGAGAAACUGUACUUACCAGUAUUUUAAUGGCAGUCAGAUUCAGUUUGUGUUUUCUUCAGCCCAGCGUUUCACUGUGUGGGAAGGGUCUCGUACACGAGACCUUGUGGGAAAAGCCAAAGUAAAGAACGUUCUUCUAAGAAAACAAACCGUAUUGUUUACAGUGGCAGAAUAUGCUACCCAUCCUGAUUGGUGUAGCUUUGCAAUUGUCUAUUUUUACAGAUAACAUUUCAUAAAAUGGCUAGAUUAAACAAUAAACUGGGAACACAUUCAUGAGAGCUCGGAAUAAAAGUCUUUAAUUCAGAGAUGAGCUGGUUUCAGUCGCAACCGUCCUGCCAUGAACAACAACAAAAGUGCUACGUCGCUUGAACAAGCAGUUUAUAGUGUUAAAAAAAGUCUCUCUGGAAUAACAAGAGGACAGUGUGAGUUUGUUAAAGCCAACGGCAUGUUACAUGACUUUUUUUUUUUUUUUUUUUAAUUUGACAAGGUCCAAAUCAUAAUGCAUCUUUGUCCUGAUUGUAAAAGUUGCAAAAGUGAUGCAUUUUGUGUGAAAAUGAACACUUUUGACAGAUACAUACAUGCAUAUUCAUAUUGACGAGUGUUGUUUUUAGUUCCCCACAAUUUUGCCUUAUUUUGUAUGUUUUAUAUUUCUGUAUUUUUUUGUUAAAAUGAGAAUUUUAAUGUAUUUAGUUCACAAACAUUUUGAUAUUUUUCAAUAAUUUAUAUUUUAUAAACUUUGAAAUAUGAGAUGCAGACAGCUGGUGCUUUCGUGGGAAAAAAAUAAGGUAGCGCAGGACAAAAUGUAGCGAAUUUUCUUUUAUAUGAAAUGAAAUGAAAAAAAAAAAAAAGAACGAAAGAAAGAAAAAAAAAAGUCAAAUUUAAAGAAUUUAAAGACCUGUCUGCUUAUACAGUUCUGUAUAGAUAAGGCUGAUGCUGGCCCAUCAUUAUGUUCCGCUGGAGAGUUUUAUAAACAGUAGCUUCUAUUUCUUAUUGUACUUUAAAUUGUUAUGUUAUUAAAAUAUAUGUGGAGAAAAUGA